CAUACCUCAUAUACGUAAACGCAUAUUCUUAUAGGGGCCCUAUAGUGAUUAUUCAAAUACCAAGUAUUGUAAACAAAAGGCUUCAUGGCAACCGUUGCUAGGAGCCAUUUGUGUACGAUCCAAGGCAUAAACGAAAGAAACUACACUUGGAAUUUCCACAUCACCAAAAAAUGUCUACAGACGAUUCUCCUUAUAAGCAAGCAUUCUCUCUUUUUGACCGCCAUGGAACUGGCAGCAUCCCCAAAAACUCGAUCGGUGAUUUAUUGCGUGCCUGUGGUCAGAAUCCUACUUUGGCUGAAAUAACUGAAAUCGAGUCCACUCUUCCUGCCGAAGUUGGUAUGGAUCAAUUCCUCCAAGUCUUAAAUCGUCCCAAUGGUUUUGAUAUGCCUGGUGAUCCUGAGGAAUUUGUCAAGGGAUUCCAAGUGUUUGACAAGGAUGCCACUGGCAUGAUUGGUGUUGGUGAAUUGCGUUAUGUCUUAACUUCUUUGGGCGAAAAACUCACAAACGAGGAAAUGGACGAGCUCCUAAAGGGUGUUCCAGUUAAAGAUGGAAUGGUUAACUAUCAUGAUUUUGUCCAAAUGAUUCUUGCCAAUUGAACUACCUAUGUCUCAUCCGUCAUACCCUUUUCAUGCUCUGUUCUAUAUAUACCCUUCUUUUCUAAUUUCCUUUUACCUUACUUCGCACUUGACUUCAUAGACAGUAUAGUAUGGUACGGCUAGCGCCUGUUCUUUUUCUUUCAUCAAGGAUUAUCCUAGUGAAAUGUAAUUUUUUAUGUCUACCAAAUAAUAUGCAUCUCAUGUCAAUUUUAAAAACUCGUUUUCCUUCUAAAAUUUACAGUACCUAUCGGAAGCCUUUUUUUAUAACUAUGGUCUUUUCGUAAAUUGUAAGGCAUAGCGAUU